CACAUGAAAGGUAUUCUAUAUAGGUCAUGUGUUCUUGUGAGCUGUCAAGUUAGACUAUGUGAUUGAAAACGUUUCUGUCUGCGGCGUCAGAACCGGACUGAACUUUGUGAAUGUCAACUAUCAGCAUGUCUGCUGUCUGGGUGAAAAUGUCCACCAUCCUUUGCCUCUGCUAUACAGCAGAGAUGAAAGGAGUGGAGUGGCGAGAAGUUGGGCAAUCCAUUACAAUCCAGUGCAGAGUUGGGUCUGCUCAAGAUCAUCUGAGCUUAAAAAUGGGUCUCAAUGAGACUGAGAUUGUUGGAAUAAACAAGUCAAAAAAAGAAAUAAUUCUCGAAGGAAUGAAAGAACGAGUUCAGACACAUGGAAAAUUCCCCAACUUUGACAUUCUCAUUAAAAACUUGCGUGAAAAUGACACAGGACCAUAUUGGUGUACCUAUUCAAAAACAGGAGACCUUAUACAUCAGUACAGUAUCAGUACCACAAAAGGUGAAGGAUCUGUGCUGCUGGUGGUGACUGAAAAAAAAAAAGAUCCACCACCAUCAACUGAUCCGCAGAGAAAUUGUGAAGGAGCAGAUAUGAACAUGGUGCUGGUGGGGAUUACCGUCGCUUUUGGUGUUCUGCUCAUCAUGAUGCUGGGCUUCGUCCUGUUUGUCAUGCACAAGACCAAGAGCUCAGACAAUGCAGUGAAACCGAGGCGUGUUGCUACCGGCAAUGAUGUUUAUGAGGACAUGCGAGGAACACUGAGGCGCUGAGGAUAUGCUUGCAGGACGCUGACAUGCAUGAAUCUCAUAAAACCAUGGACCA